AUGAAGUACAUUCAAACCGAUCAAAUCUUAGAUAUUCCAGAAGGUGUCAACGUCCAAAUCAAGGCCAGAAGCAUUACUGUUACCGGACCAAGAGGUACUUUAAACAAGGACUUAAAGCACAUUGAUGUUACCUUCACUAAGGUUACCAACCGUGCUAUCAAGAUCACUGUCCACAACGGUGAAAGAAAGCACGUUGCUGCUUUAAGAACCGUCAAGGCCUUAAUUGCUAAUAUGAUCACUGGUGUCACCAAGGGUUACAAGUACAAGAUGAGAUACGUCUAUGCGCAUUUCCCUAUCAACGUUAACGUUGUUGAAAUUGAUGGUCAAUCUUAUGUUGAAAUCAGAAAUUUCUUAGGUGAAAAGAGAGUCAGACAAAUCAAGAUCUUCGAUGGUGUUUCUGUUGAAUUUUCUGCUAACCAAAAGGAUGAAGUUGUCUUAUCCGGUAACUCCUUAGAAGCUGUUUCUCAAAACGCUGCUGAUAUCCAACAAGUCUGUCGUGUCAGAAACAAGGAUAUCCGUAAGUUCUUGGAUGGUAUCUAUGUUUCCGAACGUGGUGUUAUCGACGAAGAAGCAUAA